CUUCAGUGCCGUUGGAGAUGCCUGUGAAGAACGGUAAAGCUAUAUUCUUUGUUCUGGUUCACUUGUCAGUAGCCUGCCUAAGGUCUUAUAUUUAUUACGUAAUUGUCAUUUAUACCUCCGCCCCCUCGAUCGUAGAAGCAACAAAUUUUGGAGGAUUUAUUUUAUAUAAGCUUAUACGAGUUACGAUAUAUCAGUUUUAAUGAAAACAUUAUUGAAUACUUCUACUGAUAGUAUUACUAUAGAGAUAAUAUCCCAGUCAUUUGUUGUUCCUAUGCUCAUAGUGACUGCCAAAAUCAAUGAAUUGUUUUCUGUAUUAGAGAGGUAUUCGCAUUAGAGAGGUAUUUGUAUUAGGGACCGGUCAUUAUUUAUGGCAGGGGGUGGCACCGAAAAGAAAAGGGUUGGGUAAACAAACUUUUGAGCGAGUAAAAGGUUGGGUAAAUGAAAAACAAAACAACUUAAGGGUUGGGUAAUAAAAAAAUUUAUUGUCAUUUCCAAAGCAUGACUCACUGAAAUAUUGGAGACUGAAAAGCAAUGUCAACAGUGAUAUGUCAAUACAAUAUGUUAAUCAAUCUGAGUCACUAUCUUGAUCAUUUCAGUCCGAUUUGUUGCAGAUAACAUGAAACUUUAGAAAAUUUCACAAGCCGUUAUCAAACUCAUGUCACAAAAAUGGUAAAGGACACGUGUGACAACUGAGUGGUUUUCAAUUUGUAAAGUUUUUGGCCAGGGGUGGGUAUUUAUUUUUUAAUUGAUAUUUGAGGUUGGGUAAUCAAAUUUUUGACUUUUUAAUGGUUGGGUCAGCAAAAUUUUUGCCACAAAAAAACAUUUCUCUUCGGUGCCACCCCCCACCAUAAAUAAUGACCGGUCCCUUAGGGAAGUGCAUGUCCGUUUAAUUAAAGAGGUGUCCCUAUUCGAGAGCUGAGGUUUCCAUAUUCGAGAGGUUUCCAUAAGGAGAGGUAUAAUGUGUUUAUUUUCUUCAAUAAAUUUUUUCUGAUUUAAUAAGUGUGUAGAAAAGUGGAAAGUUUGGGCAAGUCAAUGUCGUGUGGAAAAGGUGAAUAUGCUGUAAAAUAUUAUACAACGGGGUUUGGCGGCUGUGGAACAAGGAAAACUUCUGCUGGCCAAGAUGGCAAGAGAGGCUGCCGUGGUUUUGCUGGUAAAAUGUUUGGGAAUGUUCCAUAUACACCAUGGUCGGGUUUUGCUGGUAAAGUGUCUGGGAAGGUUCCAUAUACACCAUGGUCAGGUUUUGCUGGUAAAGUGUCUGGGAAGGUUCCAUAUACACCAUGGUCAGGUUUUGCUGGUAAAGUAUCUGGGAAGGUUCCAUAUACACCAUGGUCAGGUUUUGCUGGUAAAGUAUCUGGGAAGGUUCCAUAUACACCAUGGUCAGGUUUUGCUGGUAAAGUGUCUGGGAAGGUUCCAUAUACACCAUGGUCAGGUUUUGCUGGUAAAGUAUCUGGGAAGGUUCCAUAUACACCAUGGUCAGGUUUUGCUGGUAAAGUAUCUGGGAAGGUUCCAUAUACACCAUGGUCGGGUUUUGCUGGUAAAGUGUCUGGGAAGGUUCCAUAUACACCAUGGUCAGGUUUUGCUGGUAAAGUGUCUGGGAAGGUUCCGUAUACACCAUGGUCAGGUUUUGCUGGUAAAGUAUCUGGGAAGGUUCCAUAUACACCAUGGUCGGGUUUUGCUGGUAAAGUGUCUGGGAAGGUUCCAUAUACACCAUGGUCAGGUUUUGCUGGUAAAGUGUCUGGGAAGGUUCCGUAUACACCAUGGUCGAGAGGAAAGAAUGUAGCAAUAUGUUGUAAGAAAAUCGGACGAGACAAUUAUUGAGGAUAGUCUAUUAUUAUUGACUAAAGUCAUGACCAAAGAGACAAUUAUCAGUGACUAAAGUCAUGCCGAUCCAUGCACGAUUUGAGUUAAUGUAACACAUAUCACAUAUGAUCUAAUUUCUGCAAUAAAGCUUUCUUUCUUGAGU